AUGGUAGAGCAGCAACGAGUCCAUUUCUAAGGAUUACUUGGAGCCACUGCUUCUCUCAUAUCUACACUUGCUGUGUAACCUCUGGAGGUUAUAAAAAUGGUCAUGAUUGUUAAGUCCAAUCCCUCAAACUAUAGAUUGACAAGUGCAUAUGGAUCAGUGGAAUACAUACUAAUCAAUGAAGGACUCAAUGGAUUUUAUCGCGGUUUGCGUAGCAUUUUCUCUCUUUACAUAAGGCCCUGCAUUAGUAAGAAAUAUGAGUGCUGGCUUCCUAUAUUUUCAAAUGUUAUCCUAUGUUACAAGUGAAAAUCGCAAUGUUUCCCAAGACUUUCUUGCUUCCUUUUUUGCCAGAGGGUACAUCACUCAUCUAAUAUUCAAGCCUCUCCAAUUUCAUUACUAAUCCAAUUCUCCUAAUUGAAACUCGGGCUGAAGUUCCUGGGUACUAAUACACAUCCUUAUGGAAGACUGCGAGUACAAUUGCAAAAUAAGAAGGUGUAAUGAGUUUCUUCAAAGGAGGUCUCACUUGUUCAAUUAAAGACAGUCUAUUCGCAGGAGUAUUAAAUCAACAUGAACAUUAGAUCUAUUAUGUGGUUUAUCGUAAAAUGCAUGAGAUGCUCUUACCUGCAGAUUCAGGCUUUUCCCCUUCAGUCACCUUCCUAUCUGGAAUGAUCGCUGGUCUAGUGGGUACUUGCGCUAGUCAUCCUUUCGAAAUUCUGAGAGCCCGAUUACAAACAAAUUACUAUCAUGAUCAAAUGACCAUCAUGUAAAGAUUCAGAAGCACAUAUCAAAACGAAGGAAUUUAUGGGUUUGAUUAACAUUCCUAUCUCUAGUUUCACAAAAGGUCUCAGUCCUAGAUUGGUUAGAAAACCUUUAGCCAAUUCGAUUUCAUUUCUUCUUGUCGAACAUUUAAAUCAUGUAUUCUAUGGUACUUAAUUUCACUUUUGA